AAAUUCGAUACUUUGCUGGACCAAGAACGAGGUUUUGAGGAGAGAAGACUUCUCUCUCUCUCUCUCUCUCUCUCUCUCUCUCUCUCUCUCUCAUAGUUUCUCUUUCUUUAUGUCUGCUACAUUGUCUUGUUCCACAUUCACAAAUCAGAAUCUCCUUCCCACUUCCACGCGUUACAGUGUUGUCUCUCUGUUCUUUCAGUUAUGAAUUUGGGACCUUCUCUUCUCCGUUCUAUUCUUCCUUUGGUUCUCUUUUGGUGGUGAACUGAGCGAGGAUACUGCACAUUCGUUGUUUCUGUCCUUGAUUCCAUCCUCCUUGUGAGGCAGUGAGCUUCUUUGACUGAGAAAACCAGAGAUCCAGAGAAACAUAUAGCUGAGCUCUUCACUUUAAUCCUCAAGUCUCUUUGGGAGGGAACCCAUAAAUUGGGCUUUUUGUCCUCUAUUUCCUGGGCAUUCUCAUUUGGUUUUGUUUCUUUUUCUGGGUUUUCUUGGUAUUGCCCUGCAUCCAUUUACUCUGUCACUUCCCCUGUUAACUGGUACCAUCUGGUUCUACAGUAGGUUGUAGAAACUAGAAACUGUUUCUCGUUUAUUGCGGUAUACACCUGAAGCACUUUCAAGCCCAUUUCUGUUCAUCUCUGUUUGUUCUGCUUUUGUGUUCUUUAGAUCGGAGAUAUGAACACUGAGGAUUCUCGGGGCUUAUUUCUGGGUUCAUUAUAAACAGAACUGAGAAUACUUAACUAAUAGAAAUAACAGGAGAAGGUGGAUUACAAUAUUUUUAAUCUGGAGAGCUGUAUGUAGAAUUAGUGAAACAAUGAGAGAUGGGAACUCGAAGAAAAGCAAGCUCUCAUGGUCCAAGACUCUGGUUAGGAAAUGGUUCAAUAUCAAGAGCAAAGCUGAAGACUUUCACGCUGAUGAUAUAGUUUACGGAGGUGGUGAUGAAGAACCAAGGAACAGCUUCUCAGAGAGGGAGGCAUACACGAUCAAGAAAAGCAAAACUGAGAGAUUGAACAGGAGCUCUGAUCGGUUCCGUCGGGGGAAGAUUGAUCUUGAUACUGCUGAGGUUACAGAUGUGCAGAACUACAGGAUCUUUGUAGCUACAUGGAAUGUGGGUGGAAAAUCACCACCUAGUUACUUGAAUCUUGAAGAUUGGCUCCACACUUCACUUCCUGCAGACAUUUAUGUUAUUGGAUUUCAAGAAAUUGUUCCGCUGAAUGCUGGGAAUGUUUUAGGCGCAGAAGACAAUGGACCCGCAAGGAAGUGGCUGGCUCUUAUCCGAAAGACUCUUAACAAUCUCCCUGGCACCAGUGGCAGUGCUGGUUAUCACACACCUUCACCAAUCCCUGAUCCAAUUAUAGAAUCAGAUGCAGAUUUUGAAGGUUCGACGAGACAGAAGGCCUCUUCUUUCUUCCCCCGCCGGUCAUUCCAGACAAGCCGUAGCAUGAGAAUGGACUAUGACAUGUCAACCUUGCAACCCCGGCUUGAUCGACGAUUCAGUGUAUGUGAUCGGGUUAUUUUUGGUCACAGGCCGAGUGAUUAUGAUCCCAAUUACAGAGGGGGUUCAUCUGAUGAUGAGAAUGUGCCUACGGAUUCCCCGAGUACCAUCUUCUCACCAAUGUCCUAUGGAGGGUCCACAUCCAUGGAGGACAGAGAGAGACCGUCUGGGCACUCGAGGUACUGCCUAGUUGCAAGUAAGCAAAUGGUUGGGAUAUUUCUCACAGUCUGGGUGAGGAGUGACCUGAGGGAUGAUGUAAAGAAUAUGAAAGUUUCAUGUGUUGGCAGGGGAUUGAUGGGUUAUCUUGGAAACAAGGGCUCAAUCUCAAUCAGUAUGUCUGUACACCAAACUAGCUUCUGCUUCGUAUGUAGUCAUCUAACCUCUGGACAGAAGGAAGGUGAUGAACUAAGAAGGAACUCUGAUGUCAUGGAGAUCCUGCGGAAGACAAGGUUUCCACGUGUUCAAAGAGUAGGGGAUGAAAAAUCGCCAGAAACAAUCCUCGAUCAUGAUCGAAUUAUAUGGCUUGGGGAUUUGAAUUACCGAAUUGCACUAUCUUAUCGCUCUGCAAAGGCACUUGUGGAGAUGCACAACUGGAGGGCAUUGUUAGAAAAUGAUCAGCUUCGGUUAGAACAGAGACGAGGUCGUGUAUUCGAAGGAUGGAAUGAGGGGAAGAUAUAUUUUCCCCCCACCUACAAAUAUUCAACCAAUUCCGACAGAUAUGCAGGGGAUGACAUGCACCCUAAAGAGAAGCGACGAACACCUGCAUGGUGUGAUCGCAUCUUGUGGUAUGGAAGGGGCCUCCAUCAAUUAACGUAUGUUCGUGGUGAGUCUAGAUUCUCAGAUCAUAGACCAGUUUAUAGCCUUUUCUCUACUGAAGUUGAGUCCAUCAGCCGUAGUCGUUUUAAGAAAAGCAUGAGUUGUUCUAGUUCCAGAAUUGAGGUGGAAGAACUGUUACCAUACUCACAUGGAUAUACUGAACUUAGUUUCUUCUGAAUGCUGGAUGGAACAAAUAAAGACCCACAUUCAAGAACCCACAUAUUUGUCAACAGAGUGAAUAGGCCGUUCUGCACUUGGGAAUGUUUCCCUUUUAUGUAUUCAGACAAUCUUCGAAGAAUUGAAGGCACUAAUUAUUGUUUUCUUUCUUAAGACGUCCACGGAAAUAUUGGAUUCAGUUGAUGAAUUCUCAUCAAUCUUUUGAAGUCCAAACAUGGAACUUCUCCUUUCUCAAUCAGACAGUCUUGAAGAAUCACUCUUGUAUUGAAUGGGCGACGGAGACAUUUCCGUCCCCCACAAACCAAAAAAGAUGUGUAUACAUAUAUAUAUAUAUAUAUAUAUUUAUAUAUCCAGUACACGAGGCAGUCUACAAUGUUUUCAUCAGACAGAAUCUAGUUAUAAAAUACUUGGAUGGUAACAGUUACUUUUGGCUCCUUCAAGUUCAAGAUGUGUUCUUAUCAGGACAAGCUUGCUUUGCUCAAGUGACAUGGUGAAAGAGUCUGGCUUUUGUUAGUGGACUUUUUGAAUUAUUUUGGUUCUAUAUAUUUUUUGGUUAAUCAUUGGAUGAGGACGAGAUUAUUCUUUUUGUAAGAAGAUGAAAAUAGAGGGUAAUCAAAAUAAUCAUACUGGGAGGAGUUUGGGACGGGGGGUUGUUCAGUUGUAAUUAUGAUUUUUGGGUCCAAAGAGAGAGAGAGAGAUACAAAAAUUGUGAUGGAGAACAUUCAUGUUGGCAGUGAUGUAACAUAAGAAAGAAAUAAAAAGAAGAAAGAGAAAAAAAAAGGGAAAGAAAUUUGAAGUUUGAUCAUCAUAAGGAUCUGAAGCUGUUUGGCAUGUGAUGUCUUUGUUGGCUCUGCUGCUUCUGUAACUGCUAAUGAUUUUACUGAAAAAAGGUUGUUUUGUUGAUUACA